UUUGUAGAGUGAGCUUGUGUUAGUAAUAGCCCCAAAUCCGAUAUUUGUACCAAUUAUGGCCGAGAAGACUGGGGAAGAGAAAGCUCCAAGCUCUCCAGAAAACCUGACGUGUCCACUAUGUCUUGAUAUCUUCGACGAGGCAACAAACCUGACUUCAUGCGGACACACCUUCUGUCGGAAAUGUCUCAAGAACUAUGACCUGUCCCACCAAGACCUUGGUCACAUGAUCUGUCCUCUCUGCAGGAAUACCACCGAGUUGUCUGCGAACCGUGUCGAUGAUUUCCUCACCAACGUGACGGUCAACGGACUCGUAGACGAUUACCACGCCAAGUGUGGAGGGAUGAAUGCUGUCCUCGAGACGCGUCCAAAAUGCACUGCAUGCAAGUUUCAGCGAGAUGCUGUCUCAUUCUGUGAAACGUGUAAUUUCUAUAUGUGCACUAAUUGCGACUGCAGCCAUGAGCAGUCACACUUUGAAGGUCACGAGAUUGUAUCCAUACAAGAUAUCAUCAACGGGAAGGUCAGCGUUGGUCAUCAAUCCGAGAAGUGCUGCAUCCACAAACAAGAGAACAAAGAUAUGUUUUGUGCGGAUUGUAAGGUCCACGUCUGUUUCAAGUGCGUCAUCGUCGAUCAUCAAAUUCACAAAAUCAAGAAUCAGGUUCAUUUCGAGCAGGAGUUACGGCUUAAGGUGAACGACCUAGUCCAGCGUUGUGCCACUAAGAAAUCAGAACUGGAGAAGAACAUUCAGAAUGUGGAAGUACAACGCCAUGAAGUAUACACUGCCGUGCAGAGAUUACUAGACGAUGUCGGUCAAGCCUACAGAAUCAAGGCAAAAAAGCUUGAAGAAAAUCAUCGGAAUCUCAUCGAGAGCAUCAAUGCAGUAAAGCGGAGUUUCGAUGACGACCUCAACGUCUUGAAAUCCAACGAUCGAAAGAGGAUCAAGGGUAUUUGUAGUUCAAUAACACUGGUAGAUAAUGACAGACUGCGUCGUCUUGAGACAGACAGUUUGACAGCUCAUACCUUGCUCUGUGAGGAGCUGGAUGCCAUGCUGAAGGAGGCUACCGAUCACACUUCUGCGGCAGCCAUUACGAAGAAAGCACAGGAGAAGAGGUACAAGCCUGCAGAUGAUACUCGUCUUGACCUCGGGAGCAUCACAGAAUCAACUACUGGUCACACUUCUGUUGCAGCCAUUACGAAGAAAGCACAGAAGAAGACGUCCCAGCCUGCAGAUGAUAUUGAUCUGGGCAUCGGGAGCAUCUCAGAAUCAGUUCACAAAUUGCAAGUCAUUCAGUGUGUAGAUCUACGGGGAGAUAUGUGGGGAAUGACCCAUUACUCUGAUGACAGCGUGGCUAUCGGAUAUGGUGAAACACAUGGUGUAGAUAUCAUUGACUCGGCUGGUAAACAAGAGCAGUAUGCAAACAUACCAAGUAACAUCGUGUGUUAUGAUCUUGUGUUUCAAAAUGAUAGGUCGGUAUGCAUAUCGACUGGUACCAAUGAAGCACACAUAUAUUCUCCCAAUGAAUCCAGAAAAUCAACCAUCCAUGUGAAAAACAGUUGCUAUACUAUCAGAAUAAACAGAAGUCAAUCAGAUGAAAUCCUCAUCUCUAACAGUGAGAAGCAAGUCUAUAUCUAUGACCCGACAGGAUCUACUCUCAAACACACUAUUCCAACAAAACACAACAUUACGAGGCAGGUAUCUGCCACCAGGUCGGGUUUGCUCGUCACGAGUUCAUGUAAUUACAUCGACUCAAGCGUAGUGAUGGUCUAUGACAGGGUUGGGAAUGCUGGUAAGUCUCUACAAGCUCCAGGCGAUAUCUACCUGUAUGCUGCCGUGGAUGAGCAGGACAGGGUGUAUGUAGCGAGUGUUGAUUUUAAGAAUGGUAACGUGAUGAUGAGGCUCUAUGACCUUGAUGGUUUGAACCUGAAGGAGAGAGUUGAGUUCAAGGUACCUAAUCUGAAGCCUAGUUAUGAUUGUUGUUACUUGGUUUCCCUCUCCCCAAACAUGCUCGCGUUUGCUUAUGACAAGAAGUUGUUUUUUAUCAAGGUAUCACUGUAA